AUGACCAAAUACCACAUCCCUCUCGCUUCUGCCUCUGCCCCUCAAGCGCGCGCAGUUACAACACGAAGAUAUCAAACUAACAAAACCGUCAUUCACAAUGUCCAGGUCGACAAUGAGCUCCGUAAGAUGACCGCCUUCAUCAAGCAAGAAGCCAUGGAGAAGGCCCGCGAGAUCGAAAUCAAAGCCAACGAGGAGUUCGAAAUCGAAAAGUCUAAGCUUGUCCGCCAAGAGACCGACGCCAUCGACAGCCAGUACGAGAAGAAGUUCAAGCAGGCCACCAUGUCCCAGCAAAUUACCCGAUCUACCGUCGCCAACAAGACCCGGCUCAAGGUCCUUGGUGCUCGACAGGAGCUCCUUGAUAGCAUAUUCGAACAGGCCGAGAAGAAGCUGGUUGAUGGCGCCAAGGAUAAGACCAAGUACCAAAAGGUUCUGAAGGGUCUCAUCUUGGAGGGCUUUUAUGCGCUGAAUGAGCCUACGAUGCAGAUCCAAGCUAGGAAGAAGGAUUAUGAUGCUGUUAAGAAGGCUAUCGAAGAAGCUGCUGCAGAGUACAAGAAGCAAGUUGGAAAGGAAGUCUCGGGGAAGAUUGACGAGCAGAACCCUUUGCCAGAGCAAUCAACUGGAGGUGUUAUCAUUGUCAGUGGUAAUGGCAAAAUCGACAUCAACAACACCUUUGACACACGACUCGAACUUCUCAAGGAUUCUGCCGCCCCAGCUGUUCGAGAGGCGCUGUUUGGCAAGAACCCCAACCGGAAAUUCUUCGACUAA